GAUUUGUAAUAUUUUGUAUAUAAUUGUAUUAAUACUUGAUUCUUACUUUUCGGUAUAAACUGUAGUUUUAUUUUUACUUACUGUGUCGCAAACCGACAGAUAAUAUUUUGUUCAAACGUCUAAAACCGAAAUCUUCAAAUAUAUAAUGAUGACGUCCUGACUCUUGAGACUUGAGAGCGUUUACUUGGAAGUCCGCAGUCAUGAUCUGCGUUCGCCGAUCGAACAAAUUAUACAGUACUGUUGUGGGUAGCAGCAGCCUGAAGCAAACUCCUAGCCGAUUUUCGUUUCCCGAACGUUUCCGUGGUACAAUUGUUGAACGUUGGAAACUGUACUGGGAGAGCGUGGCGAAGGAUUAUUUUGAGUCGACUGUGGGCAUUGGAACAUAUGCAAGAGCGAAUCCGAUAAAAAGCACGUUGAUGACAGUAACUGCUAGUUGUGCAUAUUAUUGCGCAUUAACCAAUCCUGACGAAACCAGUUACAGAUCUGAAAUCAUCGAUUGCUCCAACAAUAUGCUGUACAUCUCACCAGCCGUGCGGAACCCAUCUGCUGUACAACACCUAGAAUAUAUGGAAAAAUGUUAUAAUUUGGGCGUCGUGAAAAGACUGAAUUUGUUUUUGUUUUCAGUCAUCUGGAUUGACGAAUUUAAUGAUGAUAUAAAAGCAUACCAAGCAAACUGUAAAUAUUUAAAACCAUCAAUAUUGUCAGUACAUAAGCGCGCUAUAGACAUAGGAUUUUUAAAUACCUGGUGGGGACUUAGAAAAAUAAUGGUUGAUUAUGAUGUGAACCCUGAAGAAUGGAAAGAAUACAAAGAACCGGAGUAAUAUUAUUUAUUUUAUACUUGUUAUAUAAAAAUUGUUUAGUUUCUCUUAGUUGAUAAAAUAAAUUUACCUUUACUAAGA